UUACACCGUUAAUGGAUUAGAGCUGCGGUGUCUGGGUCGCUCUUUUGUUUACAUCAGUUUUCCUUUUAUUCUCAAACGCUCAGAGUGCUCGUUUUGUCGUGUAAUCAAGUUGUCACCUCUGUUAUGAGUAAACGUUAAGAGCUCUAUUCUGGUUUGGAGUGAUAAUGAGAGUCUGUCGGACCUCCAGUAAAACAUGUGUAAAUAUGUGAUGGUAUUCAUGUGACCUGUGGAAGCAAAAGGGAAAGUCAAAUAAGGGCAAGUUUGGAGUGAAAACAUGUUCACCGCCACCCAAACAUCCAAAACCCAGUUCCUGGAUAAAGCCAGGGUAGCACGGGAGGAAAGAAAAGGUCAUAAGGAAAAAGAAAGAGCUGCCACACAAAUCCAGGCUCUGGUCAGAAGGUUUCUCUGCCGCUGCAGGCUGCAAAAAGAAAUCAGGAAAGAGGUCGAUGACUUCAUUGCAGUGAGCGAUGCCGGUCCUACAAAAAGAAAUGCAUUAUCCAUCUUUAAAAUUGCUAGAAAGUUGCUAUUUAUAUUGAGCAAGGAUGAUAAGUUGAGGUUUGAGAAGUUGUGCAGAAUCAUAUUGAAUAGCAUGGAUGUUGAGAAUGAACCUAAAGUGUGGUAUGUGUCUCUGGCUCUUUCGAAAGAUCUCACCAUCCUCUGGCUAAAACAAAUCAAAGACGUUCUUUGGGUCUCAUGUGAAUUUCUGAAAAAACUAAAGCCUGACAUUCUGCAAGAUAACAAAUUGGUGACACUGUACUUGACAAUGUUGAUUACCUUCACCGACACAUCGACAUGGAAAAUCAUCCGAGGGAAGGGAGAAGCCCUUAAGCCUGCUUUAAACAGGAUUUGUGAGAACAUCAUGGGACAUCUAAAUCAAAAGGGCUUCUACUCUGUUCUUCAGAUUCUACUCACAAAUGGAUUGGCAAGAUCCAGACCUUCUCUUUCCAAAGGAACCCUCACGGCCAUUUUUACGCUGUCACUCAGGCCUGUUAUCGCUGCACAUUUCUCUGACAACCUGCUGAGGUCUUUCCUCCUGCACGUCAUGUCUGUUCCAGCGUUCAUCUCGCAUCUCAACACACUCACUCCAGAUUGCAUGAUCACCAUCCAGACCCAUGACCUUUUUCGCAAGUUUGUCUUGUUUUUAAGCCGAGAGGAGCAGUGUUUGGAUAUCUGUGUCUGUCUGGAGGGAAGCCACACUCUGUGCUUGCUGGGAAACCUCAUUCAGCUCGGAUACUUUAAUGUGAAAGUUCUAGAACAGGAAGCAGGUCACUUUGUCAAGGAUCUUACAGAUAUGUUGUCAUACUGUCAGAGAUAUGUGUCUCAGAAGAAAUCCAAUCUCACACAUUGGCACCCAGUGUUGGGCUGGUUCUCCCAGACUGUUGAUUAUGGGCUUAAUGAAUCUAUGCCAUUGGUAACAAAGCAGCUGCAGUGUCUGUGGGGAGUUCCAGUGAUCUGCACUCUGUUCUGUGAUGUUCUUAGCAAAAAGCUUGAAACUCAAGACCCCACACCCCCACCAGCUCCUCAGCCAAGCUCAUUGCAGAAUAACCUGCCCGUCAAAAAUCUGUUCAAGCGAGCAUUCCAGAAAUCUGCUUCUGUGCGGAACAUCCUGAAGCCGGUCGGGGGGAAGCGUGUGGACUCUGCUGAGGUCCAGAAGGUGUGUAGUAUCUGUGUGCUGUAUCAGACGGCCCUCACCACACUCACACAAAUCCGUCUGCAGAUUCUCACAGGACUGACAUAUCUGGAUGAAUUGCUGCCUAAGCUGUGGGCAUUUAUCUGUGAGCUCGGCCCUCAGGGGGGACUCCGACUCUUCCUGGAGUGUCUCAAUAAUGACACGGAGGAAUCCAAACAGCUCCUGGCCAUGCUGAUGCUCUUCUGUGACUGCUCCAGACACCUCAUCACUAUUCUGGAUGACAUUGAGGUGUACGAGGAACAGAUUUCUUUCAAAAUGGAAGAGCUUGUCACGAUCUCCUCAUUCCUUAACACAUUUGUAUAUAAGAUGGUCUGGGAUGGUAUUUUAGAGAACGCCAAAGGGGAGAAGUUGGACUUAUUCCACAGUGUUCACGGCUGGCUGAUGGUUUUGUACGAGAGGGACUGUCGCAGGAGAUUCACGCCUGAAGAUCACUGGCUCCGCAAGGACCUGAAGCCCAGCCUACUGUUCCAAGAGCUGGAGAAAGGCAAAAAGAGAGCGCAGCUGCUGCUUCAGUACAUUCCUCAUGUCAUCCCACAUAAAAAUAGGGUGCUGCUGUUCAGGAACAUAGUGACAAAAGAGAAGGAGACUCUAGGAUUGGUGGAAACAAGCUCCGCCUCUCCUCAUGUGACCCAUAUAACGAUUCGUCGUUCACGCAUGUUGGAGGACGGUUAUGAUCAGCUGCGGCGUCUACCUGUCAACUCCAUUAAGGGAGUGAUCCGAGUGAAGUUUGUCAAUGAUUUAGGAGUGGACGAGGCUGGAAUUGACCAGGAUGGUGUAUUUAAAGAAUUCUUAGAGGAGAUCAUCAAAAAGGUUUUCAACCCAGCACUCAAUCUGUUUAAGACCACCAGUGGGAAUGAGAGAUUAUACCCCUCCCCAACCUCCAGCAUCCAUGAGAACCACCUUCAGCUGUUUGAAUUUGUGGGGAAGAUGCUGGGAAAGGCCAUGUAUGAAGGCAUUGUGGUGGACGUGCCGUUUGCCUCUUUUUUCCUCAGUCAGGUUCUGGGUCACCAUCACAGCACCUUCUAUAGCUCCAUAGAUGAGCUGCCCUCGCUCGACUCCGAGUUUUACAAAAACCUCACCUCCAUUAAGCGUUAUGAUGGGGAUGUCAGUGACCUUGGUCUAACUUUAUCCUAUGAUGAAGAGGUUAUGGGGCAGUUAGUCUGUCAUGAGCUCAUUCCUGGUGGAAAGACUAUGCCUGUCACUAAUGAAAACAAGAUCAGCUAUAUCCACCUGAUGGCCCAUUUCCGCAUGCACACUCAGAUCAAGGAGCAGACGGCUGCAUUCAUCAGGGGCUUUCGCAGCAUCAUCAACCCAGAGUGGCUGCACAUGUUUUCUACCCCGGAGGUCCAGAGGCUCAUCUCGGGAGACAACGCUGAGAUAGAUCUGGAUGAUCUCAAAAAGCACACUGUGUACUAUGGAGGUUUCCAUAGCAGCCACAGAGUCAUUCUUUGGCUGUGGGACAUCCUCUCUAGUGACUUCACCCCUGAUGAGAGAGCCAUGUUCCUGAAGUUUGUCACCAGCUGCUCAAGACCUCCUCUUCUCGGUUUUGCCUACCUCAAACCUCCUUUCUCCAUUCGUUGUGUGGAAGUGUCCGACGAUCAGGACACGGGCGACACUUUAGGUAGUGUUCUGCGGGGCUUCUUCACCAUACGUAAGAAAGAGCCCGGCGGUCGUCUCCCUACAUCCUCCACUUGUUUCAACCUUCUCAAGCUGCCCAACUACAGCAAGAAGAGCAUCCUCAGAGACAAACUCCGCUACGCCAUCAGCAUGAACACUGGCUUUGAGCUGUCAUAACCCACAAAGCACACCAUACAUCUACAAACAUCAGCGAGGCAGCUGAUGGCCACGCAGAGAAUGAAGCAGAAGACAUUUCAUGAACACAGUGUUGCUUCCUCUGCGUUAUGGCCUUCAGUUGAAGCUCCUCGAGGAGGAAUGUUCCAUCAGUGUGUAUCGUCUUAUCCACACAAUGGCAAGCGAACGAACUAGCUUCUCAAAAUAGCGAAACGGAAUUGAACGGAUCUAGUAUGACUUUUUGAAAGAAGAGUAGUAUUUAGCGCCGUCAUGUUCUUCAUUUUCAGCAUUUGAAGCCAAAAGAGCUCCAAAGGCCUUACACAAUCAGUUUUAAACCAGCUUAACGUUGUCGAGUCAGGAUCUGAUGACUCCCUGAUGAUCAGAGGCAGGCAAACUCCAUCCAAAAUACUCCAAACCUAAAUCCACCUCGGUCUUUAUUGGCUUCUAAGCACUGUGUCUGUUCAUCAGUGAACACUCCUCAACCUCCUCUUAAAGCUACAGCGUCCGCGGAUGCACUGAUGUAGGAUCUGCAGAAACAGUUUGGCGUCGUCUCUCAGGUCUCUUGUGUCUCAGUCCCCCAGGAAGGGAACAGGAAAGCAAUACUAAUGCAAUGCAAGCCAUGCAACUCAAGACACAAAAAAAGCGAUUGCCUGUUUUGAUGGCAAAUCCUUUCAAAUCCCUAAGGCACUACAUGUCUGCUGGACUUGAGGACUGAAUUGAGAGGAAACCCAGCUCUGUUGAUCGACUUCAGCCAAGCAAAUUUAGCAGUAUGUCAAAUGAGAUGUCUCUGCACCUCUCCGUUCCUGCUUACUCAUCGAAUACACACUACAGGGUGCACCUAGAAUGCAUCACCGGCCUAAUAUCAUUUAGUUUUGCUCAUUGUGUUUUAUUUGUUAUAAUUCUCAUGCUUUUCAGCUCUCCAAACUAACGCAGACACUGAAAUAACCCAUUCCUUACG